AUGUCAACAAAUAGUGGAUCUGGUAAAGCGGAUCUUAUUCCAAUGUUGUUAAAAUACUGUUUGUUGGCAGAUUACCUACCAGAUCAUACAGCUUGUGCUGUCAAUAUUCUUGGCUAUUUAGCAGCUUCUAUUAAACCGCAUACAGAUUUAUUGGCUUUAUUAACAUCUGAUGAAAAAACACGUAAUCAGUUACUUGGAGCAUUUGCGCAUUUAAUUCAAUGGCCAACAAAUAAUGCAACAAUUAAUUCAACAUUCAGUCAGUCACUUGAUGAUCAAUCUUCAAUGCUGCAUUAUUUAGACAACGACGGACAUUUUGCCUUUACAGAUGAAUGGUUAUAUGGUGACAGUGAUAAUGAAUUAGCUUUAUUACUACACACUGUUGGCACAUUUUCAGCUCGCCUACCUUCACCAGCAAGUUGUGCCGCGCGGCUGGAUGCUGCUUUCCCUAUACAAACAACCAAUUGGUAUUUUCCUAAUCAAGCCUGGGAACGUUGGACAACUUACAUGCCGUAUACAUACUUUUCUAAUUGGAGCGAUAUACGCAUUACGCAUAAUCGAAUCAUUAAUAGUGAUUAUUAUAGUACGGCAUUUGGGGAUUGGUUCUAUCAAAUUACAAGUAACUCGAGUUCAGUACCGAUAUCGAUAUCAUUCCAUCAAAUCCUGUUGGCAGUUAUGGAUCAUCCAGCGCCUAAUCUUGUACAUUGGUUGUGUGGUUUUCGUUUUGAUAGCUGUAAAGCUAUUUCACGUUCAAAUCUACAGGAUGCUGGUAUUGCUGAUCAACAAAGAACAUGUUUGCAUAGUAUGCUUGAUGUGUUAGAUACAACCUCACAUUGGUUACAGUCUACAUCAAGUUUACCGUAUGAAUUUGCUUGUACAUUACACUGGAAUACUGCUUUAAUCUGGCAAAUUCUAUAUAAAUUAGGCUUUGAUUCUCUGACAUCAGAACCAUUUUUACGCUUUCUUCGAAGUAAUCAUGAUUUAUUUGGGAAAUAUCUACUAUCAGAUGUUUGUCAGUCAUCAUUCAGUUCAAGUAACAGUGGAAAUAUUUGUGAAGGCUUUACACCUCGUCAGAAAGCAGUACUCGAAGCUUUGUCGUUGAAUCGUAAAAAUUGGAUACUUCGUUUGUACGCAAUUGAACUACGUGUUUGUGCAAUCGCCAACCAACGUUCACAUGUUACUAAAUUACUGAAAUUAUUCUUUGGCGAUCUGCUGUUUGAUAAUUCUUUUCGCCGGAAAGAACAACCUGAGGAAUCCCCGUCCGUUCUAAUCGACUUUAUUCCAUUGCUUAAUGCCUCUGAAGAGUUUAUCAGUGAAUCAAAUCCAUUGGAAUCAAAAAUGUUUGAUCCAAAUUUCAUUCAUGAAUUACUGGCCAAAUCAGAGGUUGCAUGCCCACUUGUCACGUCAGAUUCAAAUGCAGCAAGAUGUUUGUCAAGAAUGAUUCAUUUUAAAAUAUUUCUAAUGAAUUUAUACAUUAAACUAGUCGGACUACGUAAUGAUCUAGAUAAUUAUACAAAUGAUGAUUUAAACAAAUUGUUAAUGUUGACAUUUGAACAAGUAUUCGAUAUAAAUGUAUCCGCGCAUCAUUUAGCCUCAUUGGAAGUGUUCAACUGUACCUCUGCCGCAGCCGCCACCACCACCACCUCAGCAACAAUACCAAUGCUUAUUAAACAGAUUUCAGCUGUACGUGAAUGGAUUGAUACACGUAAUGUUCAUGGUCUGCUAUUAUAUGCUGGUAAGCAGGCAGCUAUCGAAGGAUGGAGACAAGCAGUGGAAAUUAGUUUAGGCCUAAUGACUGAUCAGUUAGGCUAUGGUGGUGCUGGUACAAAGCAAAUCUCUGGCGGUCAAUCGUUCUCCUCUGUAUCUAGUUAUUUGUAUUCAGAAUUGAUGAGUAGCCAAAAACGUGAUGUUGGAUCUAUUAAUAAUAGUAGUAGUAAUGUUCUGGAUAGUAAACUACAACUUCGUCCAAUGCCUGCAUUGUGUAUGGAUGUACUUAUUCUGUUAUUGUCAGAGAUAUGUUCAAUAAAAGAAGUCCCACAGACUAUUCGGCUGUUAGCUAGUGGUACUACUCUCUCACUAUGCUCAUUUCUACAUGGUCAAUCGGCAGUUAUCUCUGCGAAAUCUAAUAGUUCAUUAUUAGACUCAACUGGAAUAACUAAAUGCACUUACAAUAGACAAUGGUCUCCUUUACUCAUUUUAAUUAUGGAAUUAAUCAUUAAAUCAAUUGUUAGAACUAAAACAUCAACACAACGUAUGCGUGCCAAUUAUUAUGGAAGCCUAUGUUACAUGAUACGGUUUUGUCGUAGUCUGAGUCAGUUGGAAAAAGAAGAUACAACGACAAUUUCCGAUUGCAAAUCAUUAGCUGAAUGCUUUUCAGUGUUCAGUCCCUCUUCUUCUUCUGUUGCUUCUUCCAUGCCGGAUACUUUACAUUCUGAUAAAAUGAGCGAUUCUGAUUUAAGUCAGUUGCAUUCACUGCUAAUGACUGAUUUAAUCCAUGGUCAUACAAUCACACAAAUGGCUGCAAUGAGUUUAUUGGAGUUAUUAAUUUCAUUUGAUCGUUGCUCACACCAGUUGAUUUCACAAAUUGACAGUCAAGGAACUAUUGACCAUCUCUUGGAGACUAUAGAUGAUGAUUUAAAUGCAAUCACUAAAUUCUUAACACCUACUGAUGCUAGAAUACAUGAUGAUCCACAGUUAAACAAACAGCUACCAGUCGAUGUGAAUGACAAGUCUACACCGAAUACUGUCUCUGCAUUCUUUUUGUAUCAAUCGAAAAUGUCACUUCUGUGCAGGAUAGGCAGUUCACGCGCUGGUGCAAAGGUUUUGGCAAAUCAUGGUGUAUUGAAUCGUUUAGCUGAUUGUGAAUUAUUCUCCUUAUCCAAUUUAGCCAAUUGUUAUGCUUAUGGUUUAGAUAAUUUAUAUAUCCGUGAAGAUAUUAACAAUAAUAAUUAUAACAAUAACAGUAAUCUUAUGAAUUAUUCCAAUCAUAUGGAUGAAUCCAUCACAGCUGAUUUCAACUGGUUCCAUGUAUUGUGUAAACAUCUAUACUGUUUAUCACCACUAAGUGUUAGUAGUAAAAAUGAUGAUAAUGGUAAUAAUUACAAUAUUUAUUGGGAUAUCAUUGAAUUAAUGAUUAUUGGUAAAGGCAGUGUAGAGUCUAGUUGUCAGCAUCAGGAACUACAAAGUGAUGAAGAUGAGUUGAAAGUCACCUGGGCAGCUGCAUUGAUGCCUACUUUGAGGCUAUGUAAAAUUGUAUUGAAUUCAUUAGGUCCUACUCAUAUGUCAAUUAAUCAACAAGUGUUCAAUUUCCUCUAUACUCAUUCCAGUUCAUUAAUGUGCAAUGAAACACAGUUGACCAGUUCAUUAGUAACCUUUUUAAGUCGACAAGAUUGGUCUUACAUAAAUCAUAAUCAUAACACUAUUGAUGAUUUUAAUAACAACAAUAAUACUAAUAAUACUGUUUCAUCGAAUUCAAUGAAUUCUGAAUGGCUUAUUCAAUGGAUAGCAUCAGAAACUAAUAUUAUUAAUUUAUUCACUUUAAUUAUGCAAGCAUGUAACAGUUCACUGAGUGUAUCCUGUAGCGAUGAAUAUUCUAAUCUACAACGAGAAGUGAUACAGUCGAAAAUUCUUCGUCAUACGUUUGAUCUACUCGUCAAUCUUAUCGAUCCAAAUACUGCCUAUUCUACUGUUAAUUAUGCUUCUGCUAUUACUGCGGCUAGUCAUUAUGAUGAUGAUUACUUGUCUAGGCGAAGUAAAUUCCAGAAUAGUUGUCUAGCUUUUGAAUACUUAUUCAUUGAAACACAAUACAUUCAGCUAAUGUUUAAUUUAUUAUGUGUGCUGACAUCGUAUUUAAGUACACCAGAGGGUAAAAUAAGAACGAUUCCAUCAGAGGGAUUGAACAAGUGGUCUACGCGUACAUUAUUUCAAUUCUUCAAUAGUUCUCCAAAUAUGUCUAAGCAAGAUAAUAGUAGUAGUACUGAUAUGAAUUCAAAAGUCCUCGAUACGCUGACUUUAUUUAUUACUAUAUUAAAAUGGGCAAUGAAAUGCUUAUACAGCAAAGAGAAGAUUUGCAUAUCCCUGAUGAAUGCUCAAUUCCUUAAUAAUAAUAAUAACAAUAAAAGCAAACGUUCAGAGAAUCAGCACAGUGACCAACUAAAACAACAAUUUGGACAGUCUGUUGUUCAACUGUUAAACUGUGAAUCAUCCAGUGAGAACUUAUCCAUCAAUGAUUUGAGACAAGCUUCAUCUAUCAUUUUUAAUUUUUCUGCACAGUUGUUCAAUUCUAAUGAUCGAACCGCCGGGGGUAAAGAGAAUCAGAAUUCAGAGUUUAUGAUGAUGCAGAGAUUAACACAGAUUGGGGCUAGUUGUUUACGUGUUCAAUUGCGUGGACUUAUUGGUAUUAUUGAACAGUCAACCUUUUUAUUAUGGAAGCAUUUAACUAACUUCAUCAAUAACCAUGAUACAAAAGUUGAAAGCAUCAAAAAAGAUCAAUCUUUACAGCCUCAACGUUUACGUGAUCUCUCUUCAAGUUUUACGUUAUCACCGAAAGCGAAACCCUCAUCUCCAGCAAAACGACAGAUUACAGUUGGUACGCCUGCUGCUGGUACUCGUCAUGAAGACAAGAGUCUACUGCAAAAGAAUAUUGCCUUUCUUCGUAGUCAUUUCAAUCAUUCAAUGCUUCAUGAAAUGUUUGAAAUGCUCAAUCACUUAACUAAGGCUGCUUUCUUAAAACAGAAUCAACGACUAUUUAUUCAAGUUAUGCAUGAUCGGUUGGAGAAGAUUCUGAUAAACAUGAACACCAAUCAGAACAUUCAGUGAUGAUGAUGCAAUCAAUCAGGAAUGGAUCAUUUUGAUUCAAAUAAUAAAGAGGAACAAUUGCAGCUACACUGUCCCUAUCACUAUUUUUCUUUACUUGUUUCAUGCGUAAAUUUCAUUGUAUGUAUAUUCCAUUCUGUAUUUGUGGAUGUUUUUAUUUAUAAAUGCCCCCAGGUAUCUGUAUACAAAUCAGAGUAAGCUUUGGCUUUUGUUUUGAAGAAAAUCAACAUCUGCCUUUUGCAAAAGCGGGUAUUAUAAUAACUAGAGUGGUGAUCAGAAGUAAUUCACAGGAGUACUAGUAACGGUAAUUUUAGCAAACUGACUGACUGCUGGGUUUCAACGCAUCUUAAGUGUACCAGUUCAAUUUGACACACAUACUCGACGUAGCAUCCAGAGGUAGAGCAAAGAAAGGAAAAACAAAUUUAAGAGAACUACUAUAAGCAGAAAUGUACAAGAGAAAGAAAAGUAACAUGGAAACACAUGAGUGUUUACUGCAUCACCAAUAGUUUCCAGCUAUUAUUGGUUCUUAGUAUUCCGAGGACUUCAGUCAGACAGUCUACAGCUCCCUACGUGGCCGGCUCAAACCAUCUGUCAGAGACUUCAUGGACUGAUGCCAGGUUCUGAUAUACUCGCCGCUAACUCUCCCCAACCUAAUAUUACGUUAGCCCACGUUUCCGGUGGAGGUGGGUGGUGACUAGACAUGUGCAACACGCAUCCUAACUGUAUUAACGUCCUCGUCCGUGCCCCUUGUAGUUGAAAUAAUGUAGCCGAGGUAUGCAAAAGAGCCAACUUCCUUAAGAUUCUUCCCGCUGGUAGUGAUUGGUGUCGUCAUCACUUACCUCUGUGUUCAACCGAAGUCCUGUCCGUUACUUAUCUGUUCUGCCAUCUUGUUGGUUUUUGCUUGUAGAUCUCGGAGUUUGUGUGAUACACUAAAAAUAAGUCAUCUGCAAAGUCAGCCUUUUUGCCGACUCAUAGUAUGCUUGUCUUCUCACUCUCCACAGUCUAUUGGAUGAUCAAGUCCACCACAAUUAGAAGUAUCACCGAUGAAGGUGGGCACAGUCUUGUAUUUCUACUAUCUUCAUUGAGUUUCCUCUGAUAUAAUUAUAAGCAAUAAAUCGUGUUCGAAAUAUAACUUUAAGAAAAAAUAAUACUGUAUAACUCGUCGUGUGUUUUGUCAAAUUAUUACAUGUUCGCUUGCUAUUCAGUGCUGUUAAACAAAAGCCGACCAUUUUGAAAGACUGAUAUAAAAUAUA